CAAGCGAUUCAACGACCCAAGUGCCACUCCUGGUUCAGACGCCAGGCGCAAGUACUAUGGCAAAGGGAAAGGGGAAGAGGGUGCCUCUGCAGGGGGUGACAGUAAAGAAGGUGAGGAACCGCAAUACAGGGACAGGGCGAAGGAGAGGCGGGAGGAGGUGAAUCCGGACUACAAGGAUGCAGCCGUGCCAAGCCACCUGGGACAGCUCAAUGCCGUUGCUCCCCCUGGUGUUGACUUGACGACAACGGAUGCGCAUAAACUGGCAAUUGAGAAGUCCAAGUUCCUGGGAGGAGACGUGGAGCACACGCAUCUGGUGAAGGGGCUGGACUAUGCCCUGCUCAACAAAGUGCGGUCGGAGAUGAAAGGCCGUCCGGGGGAGAGGGGAGGGGAGGGAGAGAAGGAGGAAGGGGGAGAGGAGGAGGAGGAGGAGGGGGGUGGUGGUGGUGCGGCUGCUGCAGCGGCAGGGAAGGCUAAGAGCAGGAAAGCACAGGAGAAAGUUCCCACGUUCCGCUCUGCACUUGCUCGAUCGGUAUUUGAGCAGAUAGUCCGCCCGGUGCCGCCCAAGCCGAACGAGUUCUUCCUUCCGGGCCGCACGUCGUUUGUCUUUGACAUGGACGAUGAGUUUCGCAGUGAGAUCCCCACCACCGUGCACCGCAGCAAGGCCGAUUGCCCCCCUCCGCAGGACCUGGUAUCCGCGUCACAGGACGCCCCAGUGUUGGAUAGAGUAACCCACGUCAUCUCAUACCUGCGGUUGGGAUCAAGCGCCAAGGCACACAAGAAGAAGAAAAAGGACAAGGACAGCAACAGGGUCCUGGUUCCUGGUAUUCUCCCUCCCAAGCCCUCUCAGCCCGCAGCCCACCUCCCAUCCUCCUCCCAACCUGCCGCAAGAACCGAAUCUGCUGCUGAAAAUGGCGGCGCUGGUGCUGGUGGCGCUGGUGGGAGUAGCGGCAUGACAAAUGGGACUGGCAGCAGCAGUGGCAGGAACAGGAAGGAUGCAGCAGCAACAGCAGCAGCAGCAGCAGCAAAAGCCGCUGCCACAGAAGCAGCCCCUAAUAAGAAGAAGAAAGAAGAGGAGGAUGAGCACGAGGAUAUUUUUGCGGAUACCUCCAUUUUCUCCCCUCCUCCCCUCCCCUUCUCCUCUCUUCUCCUCCCCUUCCUCUCUCCUCCCCUCCUCCCCUCCUCUCCCCCCCCUCCCCUCCUCCCCUCCUCCCCCCUCCCCCCCUCCCCUCCUCCCCCCCUCCCAUCCUCCCAUCCUCCUUUCCUCCCCUCCUCCUCUCCUCCCUUCCUUCCCUCCUCCUCACCUCCCCUCACUUCUUUCUUCCUCAUUUACUGCGCAUGCUCCUUCCUUCCGCCUUCCCUCCUCCCCUCGCCUUCCCAUAUCCCAGAGGAAGAGGAGGCGAGGAGGCGGGAGGGGAGGGGGAGAGCGGGAGAGGGGAGGGAGAAAGGGAAGGAUCCGAAUGCGUUGGGGGGGUUGGGGGGAGGGGGGUAUGACGAGUGCUAUCAGCGGGGGGAUGGGGGGAACUUUGCAGGGGAGGUUGUGGAGAGUGAUGAGGAGGAGGGUGAUGAGCUCGCUCGGAAAGUCGAAGAGGCAAGACAGGCGCCUCAAGAGAAUGGGAGGGAUUUGAAUGCGGUGGGGGGAGGGGGAUAUGAGGAGUGCUAUCAGCGGGGUGAUGGGGGGAACUUUGCAGGGGAGUUUGUGGAGAGUGACUAA